AUGGAGAGGCGGCGACGCGUGGAAAAUACGAUGGGCCGUCAUCGACGAAGUCGUAGCUUCAGCCCCGUGUCUUCGCGUCUACGUUAUCACUUGCGUCGACACCAUAUGCGACCGCCUCCAGGGCCUAGUUCAAUGCACCGACGUCCUCGCUCCCGACGCUCUACGAUCGAACCGGAUUACGACGACAAGAAAAAUAAACGCAGUCGCAGCUUUUCACCUCAUGAUCGACGCUCUACGAGACGAAGAACAGACUCAAGAGCACCACGAGGUCGAUCCCGACCCCGAUCCGAUCGAAGACAUUCCGGCACUCGAUCCCGUUCUGGUUCAAAUGGUAGCCAUCGUCGUCACCGUCGCUACAAUAGUCGGAAGAUGCGAUCAUCACGAAGCAAGAGCCAGGCAAGAGGACGACGUAAUAGUCCCGAGACUAUCGACUACAAUAGUCGGCGUCGCUCAUCACGUGGUAAAAACAAACAACGACGACGUGAUUCGUACCACGAACGGGAACAAGUGCCACUUUUACCGCCUAUUGGACAAAAAGAUGGGAGUGAAGACAGCACGUCACAUGAUGAUACGGUGGGCAGUUAUGCUGGGAAACCUGGAGAAUAUAUUGCAAACCGCUACAAGAUAAUCCGGGAGGCGGGAUUGGGUACAUUUGGUCGAGUACUCGAGUGUCUGGACAAACAACGGAACAUUGUUGUGGCUAUUAAGGUCGUCCGUAAAGUCGACAAGUACACGGAAUCAGCCAAGAUUGAAGCUGCUAUUCUGCAGGAUGUUAACGACAAGGACAAGAACAAUGAGUCGCUCUGUGUCCGUAUGUUCAAAUGGUUUGAGUAUAAAGGUCAUGUGUGCAUGGUGUUUGAACGACUCGGUUGCUCAUUAUACGACUAUCUGAAGAACCACGACUACAAGCCGUUCCCGAUGCACUGCAUCCGCGCCUAUGCGUGGCAACUUUUGACGUCGUUGGAGUUUAUUCACAGCAUCCGGCUUAUUCACACGGACCUCAAGCCUGAAAACAUACUGCUGGUUGAUGACGAAGAGGAGAGACUUUCGUGUGAUUCUUCGUCGCCAUCAUCGACAUCUUCGUUUGGGUCACCCGGUGGCUCGUCAGGACGUGAACAAUGGUCUAACGGACGUCAGUGGAAAAAGCGCGAGCGCGCCAUUUCUGAUGUCGAUACCGGUAGACUGUCGCUGCGUCCUCCAGCAAGCAACGCGGUAAAGUUGAUUGAUUUUGGCGGCGCCACGUACGAAGACGAGUCGAAGAGCUCCAUUAUUAACACGCGUCAGUACCGUUCUCCCGAGGUAAUUCUUGGACUCGGUUGGAGUUAUCCGUCGGAUAUUUGGUCAGCCGGUUGUAUCAUCGCAGAGCUCUACUUAGGUGAACUGCUGUUUGCAACCCACGAGAAUCUGGAGCACCUUGCUCUCAUGGAGCGCUGUAUCGGGCCACUACCUGUCAAAAUGAAGGCUCAAGCAUCGAAGCACUCGGUUUCAUCCAAGUUUUUCCAUCGUGGGCGGCUGAAUUGGCCUGCUGGUUCAUCGAGUGACGAAAGUGUUGAUCACGUACGGAGGAUGCGAUUGCUGGCGGACUUGAUUUCUCGUGAGGAUGCCAAGAGUGGCCUGCUCGAGCUGCUGCAGCUCAUGCUGGUGCUGGACCCCGAAAACCGGGUGACAGCGAAAGAGGCUCUUAACACCCCGUUUUUUGAUGAGUUCUCGUAUCGCAAUAUCGUGCGAGCUGGCCACCGUGAUAGAUCGUAG